CACAGGCUGACUGGAAAUCCAGCCGUAAAAGAGAAGGGCUGAUCCCAGACCCCCUGUGUUCCCACUGCUGCGCCCCUCCCUGUCCCCAUGGCGACAGGAGGACAUGCCCCCGAGACAGAUGUGUUGAUCAACCUGCAUCAGGUUUUGCUAGAAGAAGAGAAGGGCUCCACAGCAGAGAAAGAAGAUGAGGAAUGGGAGAAGGCCUUGUCCGUGGAGAGGUUUGGGGACAUCAUUACGGAGUCUGCUAUCAACGGCGCAGACAAAAUGGGCCGCAGCUACAAUGAGAAAGACUUUGAGUAUCACCGGCACACAUUCCACCACACCCACCAUCCCCUAUCCACCCACCUUCCCCCACAGCGUUUUCGCAAGAGGGUUCUAAGUAUGGACCGUCGACGAAAGAAAAAGAGGAAGAAAAAGAAGACAUCUAUGCCGCCGUCAGAUGUCACGCCCACUAUUCAUGAGGUGGAUGAGGAAGAGGUGGAGUCGGAGACUGAGGGACAGUGCCAAUCAGCCACGCCUACUGAGCCAUCUGAAGAGCUGCCACAGUUCAGUUUGGGAAGUGAGGAGGAUCUGGCAGCUGACCUCCCUCUCACCAGCUUCCAUAUGGAGAGUGAGAGACCCCCCAGCAGUGAGGAGAUCCCACCCAGCCUCGCCGGAAUGGAGGAGCAGCAGGGAGCGCAAGAGCGACCGGACAAAGAAGAAGAGGAGGAAUUGGUUUCCAACAGAUUUGUCCCAUCUCCAGAGCCUGCCAGUAUGACAACACGGGGCUGGUUUCGCAGAAAGCCCGUCCACCGGCUGGCUGGAGCCCAGCGGACCAGCUAUGACCUACGAGAACGCAUCUGCAUAGGCAGUAUGACAGCCAUGGAGACUGCUGUGUACCAGAAAGUACCUACAGAUGAGGCUGAGGCACAGAUGCUGGCCAGUGCUGACCUGGAUGACAUGAAGAGUCACCGCUUUGAGGACAAUCCCGGGGUUAGACGUCACCUGGUCAAGAAAUCAUCACGUUGUCAAGUUCCACAAACCAGCAAUAGCUCUCCACCACUAUCAAGUCUGAAGAGGAGGAAGAGGUUGGAGAAGAAAACCCAUGAGGUGUUUGUGGAGCUCAAUGAGCUGAUCGUGGAUAAGAACCAGGAGAUGCACUGGAAGGAGACGGCGCGUUGGAUCAAGUUUGAGGAGGAUGUGGAGGAAGAGACGGAUCGCUGGGGUAAACCGCAUGUGGCCUCCCUGUCCUUCCGUAGUCUCUUGGAGCUUCGCAGAACCAUCACACAUGGUGCCAUAAUGCUUGACAUGGAUCAGACCACACUGCCUAGCAUCGCCCACUUGCUGGUCGAAACCAUGAUUAUCCUGGACCAGAUCAGAGCUGAAGAUAGAGCCAAUGUGCUGCGAGUCCUGCUGCUCAAACACAGUCACCCCAAUGAUGAAAAAGAAGGCCUUUUCCAUCGGAACCACUCUGUCAACAGUCUUGGCAGCUUACGGCACAACCACAAUCACAUUCAUGACACCAGCCUGCCCCUUGUAUCCCAGGACCAUGUGGAGAUGCAUGACACUAAGGCAGCAGAACAUGACAAAGAGAAAAGCCUCCACCCAGUCCCUGUUGAGGGACACCCUGCUGCCAGAUCAAUGAAACUUCUGGCAAAGAUUCCCAAGGAUGCCGAGGCCACUGUGGUCUUAGUGGGGUGUGUGGAUUUCCUAGAGCAGCCUGCUAUGGCCUUUGUCCGACUGAAUGAGGCGGUGCUGCUGGAGUCCGUUCUGGAAGUUCCCGUCCCAGUUCGGUUCCUCUUUGUGCUGUUGGGCCCCACCCAGGCCAACAUGGACUACCAUGAGAUUGGGCGCUCCUUCUCCACCCUCAUGUCUGAUAAGAACUUCCAUGAGGUAGCGUAUUUUGCUGAUGACCGGCAGGAUCUUCUCAAUGGCAUCAAUGAGUUCUUAGACUGCAGCAUUGUAAUUCCACCAUCAGACGUUGAGGGGAAAGACUUGCUGAAGACUGUGGCCUCCUUCCAGAAACAGAUGUUACGUAAGCGCAAAGAGAGAGAGCACAAAAAAUGUGGCAGCACUGUGACAGGAGCCGAGCAGGAAAAAAAAGAUGUGAGUACGUAUAAACAGGAAGAGGAGGACCAGUUCGAUGUUGACCCUCUCAAACGCUCUGGUAUUCCAUUUGGGGGUUUGAUCCAUGAUAUUCGCCGCCGUUAUCCUCGUUACAUAAGUGACCUGAAGGACGCCAUGGACACUCAAUGUAUUGCUGCUGUGAUUUUCAUUUAUUUUGCUGCACUGUCACCCACGAUCACCUUUGGAGGUUUAUUAGGUGAGAAGACACAAGGCAUGAUGGGAGUCUCUGAGCUCAUCAUCUCCACAGCAAUGGUGGGAGUGCUGUUCUCGCUGCUAGCUGGGCAGCCAUUGCUCAUUAUUGGCUUCUCUGGACCACUUUUGGUGUUUGAGGAGGCCUUUUAUAAGUUCUGCCAGGCACAGGGCUUCGAGUAUCUCACGGGGCGUGUGUGGAUCGGGUUCUGGCUCAUUUUCAUUGUCCUUGUGAUAGUGGCAGCUGAGGGGAGCUUCCUUGUGCGUUACAUCUCCCCUUUCACCCAGGAGAUCUUUGCGUUUCUCAUCUCCCUCAUUUUCAUCUAUGAAACCUUCUCCAAGCUAAUUAAGGUGUUUCAAGAGCACCCUCUAAUGAAAAGCUACCCUACGGCUCCUGUACUGCCUGCUUUCACACCCUUAGACACAUUUCAAGCGGUCAAGGAGUCCAUUCUCAACCAGCCCAACACAGCCCUGCUCUCCCUAGUGAUCAUGAUGGGAACCUUCUUUGUGGCCUUCUUCCUCCGGAAAUUCCGUAAUAGCAGAUUCCUUGGUGGAAAGGCCAGAAGAAUCAUUGGAGACUUUGGGAUUCCUAUCUCGAUCCUGUUCUCUGUACUGGUGGACUUUUCCAUCCCUGAUACCUACACACAGAAGCUGAACGUCCCCUCUGGUUUCUCGGUCACAUCUCCGGACAAACGAAGCUGGUUUAUUAGUCCGUUUGGAGAUAAACAGCCUUUCCCGAUCUGGAUGAUGGGGGCCUCUGUGGUCCCAGCCCUGCUGGUUUUCAUCCUCAUAUUUAUGGAGACUCAGAUCACCACCUUGAUAGUAAGCAAGAAGGAGCGGCGUUUGGUGAAGGGUUCUGGCUUUCAUCUGGAUCUGCUUCUGAUAGUGACUUUGGGAGCUAUCUGCCCACUGUUUGGUCUGCCUUGGCUGACUGCAGCUACUGUGCGCUCAGUUACCCACGUAAAUGCACUGACUGUCAUGAGCAAAGCCACUGCUCCCGGAGAAAAGCCCAUGAUACAAGAAGUGAAGGAACAGAGACUGACCGGGAUGUGUGUGGCUAUCCUAGUGGGUAUGUCUAUAGUAAUGACAGAUUUACUUCGUCAUAUUCCUUUGGCUGUGCUGUUUGGGAUAUUUCUGUACAUGGGCAUCACGUCUCUCACUGGUAUCCAGCUGUAUGAGCGAAUCACACUCAUGGUUACACCUGCCAAACAUCACCCUGACCACAUCUAUGUUACCAAGGUGAAGACAUGGCGCAUGAAUCUGUUCACCAUCAUUCAGUUGUUGUGUAUCAUCCUGCUGUGGGUGGUAAAGUCGACUGUAGUCUCCCUGGCCUUUCCCUUCAUCCUAAUCAUGACUGUACCUCUGCGGAGACUCAUCCUCACCAGGAUCUUUGAGGAGAGAGAGCUUGCAGCGUUGGAUGCAGAUGAGGACACGCCCAAUUUUGAUGAAGAUGGUCGUGAUGAAUACAACGAGAUCCACAUGCUUGUCUAGACACAGGACACACAAAACGGCAAACCUCCUUACUGAUUAAUCAAACGCAGACCUCUGGAUAAUGGUUUCUGUUGGCAAAGGUGUAUGAAAUUUGAUGAACUCUGGUGUACUGCCUUCUUCCAGGAUACUUUAAAAUAUUUUAAUCAUCUAAUAUAAAAAAAACAACAAAAAAAAAACAAAAAACUGACCAUAUUUUGGAUACUUCUUUUUAUUUUUUUCUCUGUGCCUAACCCCCCUACAUGUGCUGAUGCCCAGUGAGCUUUAAAUAUACAAUGAGAUAUGACCCUUAGACCUCACAUUCUAUUAAAGUUUAGAGCUGCAAUGUGCAAUGAAGGCGAGACUAAUCCAAUAGGUUGGCUCUUAUGUUAUGGGGCUAAUCAAAACCCCUAUUCUUCCCAGCUGGUAGUUUUGCACACAGCAUGUCUGGACAAGCCUCACUGCCUGUAGAUCUAAGUUGCCUUGUACUGCAUUAUUGUACAUAAUGAACACCACUUACAGCACCUUUUAUGGAAAGGACAGAAUUUCCUGUGAAAACAAAGAGUCGUUAAAAAAGUGAUUUUAUUUGAAAUUGUUUCCAAAAAUAUGUAUUUUUGUUUGGGCUGUUCAAAAGUUUUCUUGCUAUAUAGAAAUUUAGCAUUCGAUUUUAUAUAGGAUGUAUUGCCCAAUUGUCUUGUUGUUGUUUUUAUAUUUAUUUGUGUGUAUGUGUGAGUGUGUGUUUUUAAUAGAUAAACGUUUUCAGGGAACUAAUUCCAUUUUUAUGCCAUUUCACUGCAUUUCAUUCUUUAUGGGAACAGUUCAGCUGAAAUAGGUUAAAGUCAUAGAAACUUGGAUUUCACUGAUUGCAUAAAAUUAUAACUUUCUGAAUCAAUGUGAGUCCAAAGGCUGUCAAACUGCCAGUGAAUAUGGAUGCACUUAUCACUACAGUUUAGGCUUGAGGCAGGAGAAUUUUACUCCAAUGAAAUGUGCUGCCAAAUUGUUGGUCAGGGUCACAGAGGACAGCUACCUGGCCUUGGGCCCAAUCGUCAAACUUUAGCUACUUUAAAAGGGAGUGCAUGACCUUUUAAAAUGUUCACCAAGCCAACAAGUCCAUGCUCAACUUACCAUGUAUCCAACUUACAUUCAAUUUAAUAUGCUGAGACAACUAAGCCAUUUCUAGGUUGAAUUCCCCAAAAGUGCAAACACUGUUGCCCUGUGGCAGUUUCAAAACAUUGUUCUGUUUGAUUGAGCAACCCAACCAGCCUGACGCAGCAACAUUGUCUCAACUGAUGGCAUGAUUUUGGAGGUGGGACUAUCUGUUCGGGGAGUGUUCGGGAAAUCUGUUUGAAAAGAGUCAUUAUUUUUUGCAGCUACGUUAGGUGAUGCUAAUGGCCUAGAAAUUACAGAUUUCAUUUUAAUAUUUUCACAAGGGUCGGUACUAGGAUGCAAUCUUUGCUGGGGCACUUGUAUGCUUGUAUGUUUAGGGGGGCCAGAGUUGAUCCUUUAGCCAUCAGCCAGGAGGGCAGAGUGCCCCAGGAUUGUUUCACUGUCAGUCAGGGUGGGGGCAUCAGAAGUUUCUGGGGGUUUCAGGCUCGGUGCAAAUCUAAGGGGGCAAUGCCCCUCCUAGCCCCCCUUACACCCAGCCAUGAUUUUCAGAAUUCUCUUUGCAUUUUCAUUUAAAGGAAUUUUCUCUCACUUUACAAACAGCAGGUCAUGACAUUUAAAAGUAUUCCAGUAUUAUCAAUCAGACUGACUAGAUAACAGGCCUAAGCAUUUCAUAGAUCCUGAGGAUUGUCAUUAUGGAAGGUUGCCCUUUGGGCAGUAAAUGAUGUGCUGUCCAUGCUUGUAUUGAAUUUGUUUGGGCAUAAUACAAACUUCUGGGGCUAGUCACGCUAGAGCUAGCUCGUUUCAUCACAUAGUCCACAUGUGUUUCGUUUGGUCUUUUUUCUCUCGUUUUUAGCAUAAAAACAUGAGGAAAUUGUGCAAUAUAGGAAUAUAUUAUGUACUACAAAAAGACUUGUAGUUUCUUGGAAAGCUCAAGAUGAAGUACUGCUCUCAAUGCUGUCAGGUUGUACAAAGAGACGUGUGGUCGUGAAUGGCAGGCCUUUGAAGCACUCAAUAUGAAAUCACACAUCAGAUGUCUUUCACCUUGUAACUUUAGUCGAGCUAUUCGAUAGCUCUGUACAUAUGCCCAAAGGGUAAAUAAAUAUUGUUAACCAAAUAUUUUUGCUUAUUAUUAGGGAUGUAUCUGAAAGAUGAAAUGAGAUUAAGACAGGCUUGCUGUUAUUGCUACAGAGUCGAAUACAUGGCUUGUGAGGUUCUGGCCAAGUUUUUCAGAUAUAUCAAGCAACAGAUGUUUGGUUCCCAGAGGAUUAAUCAGGAGACUUUGUCCUAAAAUAGACCCACAUUUAGACAAUUAUUGACAUACAGUAAGAGUAGAGUGCUAUAAAAUGAAUGUGGAUAGCAUAGCUCAGAUAAUUUGGUCUUGGAAUAUUUGCAUUUAUCGUGCAAUUUCUGACUUUUUAUUGCAACCUUUGGUAAUUUUUUUGCUAAAUCUGAACAGUUUCUGACAUUAUGGAGAGCUGAAACUCUAGAGGAGACACUUCUGAGAUUACUGGGGUCGUGUUCUCGUGAAACAUCCAAGAAGCAGCAAUCUACGAUAAAUAAUUCUGAUUUUAAAGGUCUCCUUUGUGAUUAGUUUUUCCUAUAAGGUUGAGAUAAAGCUUGUUGGUUGCUCUUAUAGCAGCUGCUCUUUGGAGUUAAUAGUUUAAAGUGUAUUUAUUGAAAAGGGUAAUCUACACGUGUUCCAGAGGCUCCCUGUAUUGAAUUUGUCCAUCUUUGUCUCCCACUCUGAAAUAUUGCGGCAACCAGAAAUCCUCUUGCACACAGUUGCACUAGUUACAAGAUUUUAUCUAUAGAGUUAAUAUAAAAACCCAACUUUUUAGAGAUUUCACAUUCAAGAGUAUAUAUCAUUAUUUGUAUCAAUAAUUUUUGCUUUUAUUUUAUGGAUAAUUUUACCCAAUAUUUGUAACCUGGUCUCACAGAAUCACAGUACUAUAUCUACAGUAUGUAACGGGAGCCAGCUGGUACAUGAUAGCUGUGCGGUAUUUGUAAACCUCACUCCCCUGGCACUAGCGACUGACACUAGCACGCCCGCCUCCCAUGCCAGAGAUGCUGGUUUGAAUCCUGUUCAGAGGGGGUCAAGCAGGAUCAGUUACACCUACACUUUUGCUAAAUUAUUUUUAUGUGACUCAUUGUUUGUAUCAUUUCCUAGUGAAAUGAACACUAGUGGUGCUACAACAAUGACUUUCAUUCACUUUCACCAAAUCACAAGUUAAAGGACAGAUUAUCAGUUCAUAAACACUUACUUUUCACCUUGUUUCUCACACAAUAUUAUCUUAUGACUAAUGCAUAUUGUUUAUGUCUUGUGGCUAUACUUUUGAUACAGUGAGUAUUUUAACAUUUACGAACUGGUCCCAUUCACUUCUAUGGUAAAUGCCUCACUGUAACCCAGAUUUUUGCAUGACUUGUAAGGCAAAUAUUUGCAUUACAUAACCAACUACUUUUAGUUGGCCUAAAGUUUCAUAGAAACACCACGGAAUGAGGUGGCUGCUUCUGCAAUUGUGUUUUUCAAUUCACAUUUGCUUUUAUGUUAGGUUUUUUUUAUUUGAAACUCGAUAGAGCAUUAACAUUAAAAACCUCAUCUGUUUGUGGGAAAAUGUACCCUGUUUUUUUUUUAUUUUUACUUUUCACCUCGAAAGUGCUGCGAUGUGUCAUGAACCACGAAAAUGAUUUUGCAAAAAUGUCACCACAGCCACGUCAUUUUAAUUAGAUUAGGCUGAAUAUUUGUGCAUUUUUAUGCUUACUAGAGUAUCAUGCUGUAAGCUUAGCAACAGGCUAAUGCCAAAUUCUACUGAAAUCAAUUGGGAGUGGAGUCUCAUGUGUACUUUACAUGAGGAGUGCUAUUUGUUUGAUGCACAGACAUAGAGCAUAGGAGAUUUUUUGAGACACAUAGUUGAGAGAGAACAGGAAACAUUACUCAGGCCAGACUGGAACCUGGGUCUCCCAGAUGAGCACCAUUGCUCAAUAUGUCAAAGACUGACCACACUGACCACAAAGCCACAACUCUGACUAAGAUCAGUCACUUUUGAGGUUUCAUUUCUGUUAGGAUGCUGCCUAUGUAGCCAACUGCAAAAUGUUGUUAUACAGUAACUGUUAUAAGCGGUUUCCUGGCUGUUAUCACGGCAGCAGAUAGGUUGUCUCUCCAACUAACCAAGUAUCUGGAAGACUUUUGCGUGGUGUGGAAAUCUAACAACCUCUUUGUAUUACACACUUGUGUAGGUGUUCUGGGAGCUCAAAGACACUGGCACGUCUGUCAUAUUAGAGUCAUGAAAAGUUGGAAAACAGUUUUUGUCAAUUUGGACAAAAAGCACAGACUGCCACAUCCUGUUGGUGGUUUUUAGAUGCUGGAGCCAUAAGUUAAAAAGGAAAUAGUAUGAAUCGUGGAAAGGCACAAUGAGUGUCUGAAUGAGCCAGGUGUUGGUGGAUGAUGCCACCCUAGUCGUGCAGACCACCCACCCGAUCAUGCGAAAUAUGUUUUACUGUAUAAUUUAAGGUCUGAACUGUGAUUCCUUACAUUUCCUUUUACUUUGUUUUUAAUGCUGUGAAUGUUGAAUGCCAUUGUGAUAAAGUGGAUGACAAUCAGAAAUGUUUGCAGACGGAUUAUAUCAAUCUCAUUCAUACACAACGAAUUUUACAAUCAGCAGUCUAGACACAGGGGAGACAAUACAAAAGCCAGUGUUUUUGUUCUAACAGAGCUGUUUACUCAGUUCUUAAACCGUGCAUUAGGUGGAAAAAAGUGUUGCUUUAAAGAGUACACGCUUAAGAUACUGAGCGAUUCAUUGUACAAAGGAAAACACUUACCUCUGUUACAUACUGUAAUACAAACUGUUAAUUGCAAAUUUACUCUGUACAUUAGAUUCAGAUGAAAAUACCCCAAAAUUAAUUUUUAAGCUCUUGCAGACAAAUAUUGAUUGAUAGAAGAGGGGGGAAAAAAACACCUUGGUUUUUACUUGAUGUAGUUUUUUUUUUUUUUUUUUUUUAAACAUGUCAGAAAGAACUCUAGUAAAUCUCCAAAUGUUGCCUGGUUGUAAUUAAGAAGUGUAGUUUGUCAGAAAAUAAGACAAACAUUUUGAGUUCAUAUGGUAAAAAAAAAAAAAAAAUGUAUUACUUUAGCAUUAGCAAUACUGAAAAUAUUAUGAUGUUAUGUGAAUAUUUUAAUAGCAGUAGCCAUUGCUAUUCUGUAAAAAGAACGUUUUCAGAGCACUGUAAAACAAAUUGUUAUUUUUUUGUCUCAGAAUAAAUAUUUAUUGUGUUUCAGAUGUCUUUGCACUGUUUUGUAGAGUAAAUUAACAUGCUAGGUUGCUACUGUAAGUGAGUCAAGGCUGAGCAAUACAGCUAAAAAAAAUGGUACAUUUUAAGCAUGAUGGAUAUAUAUAUACAGUGUAUAUUAUCGGGAGUGAAAGAGGAAAAAAUAUUAAAUCAGUAUUAAGGGAGUGGGAGACACUCUAGAACUUGAGCAUGCAAAAUUAUUUCGGACAGCACAAUGAACCAGGAUAUUUAAAGGAAUGCUCAGGGUUCAAUACAAGUUAAGCUCAAUCGACAGCAUUUGUGGCAUAAUAUUGAUUACCACAAAAAUUUAUUUUGACAUCCCUCCUUUUCUUAAAAAAAGAAAAAGCAAAAAUCUUGGUUCCAGUGAGGCACUUACAAUGGAAGUGAAUGGGGGCCAAUUUUUGAACGUUAAAAUAUUAACUUUUUCAGAAGUACAACCACAAGACAUAAACAAUAUGCAUUUAAACAUGAUUUUUGUGUAAUAAAAUCACUUACUAACAUUUUCUAUGUAAAGUUAUAGCUAAUUUUACAUCUUUGUUACCAUGACGAUGAAAUGUCAACAAACCCUAAAAUAACUAUAAAAAUGACCAUUUAAACAACUUUACAGCUCAAAUAAUACACAAGUUUUAACAGAAGAACUAAUCUAAGUGCUUUUACAAAAUUAUAAGCUUCACAUUUCUGUGUUUAAACUCUUCAAAAAUGUACCCCAUUCACUUCCAUUGUAAGUGUCUCACUGUUUUUUUUUUUUUUUUUUUAAGAAAAGGAGGGACGAGUCGAAAUUAAUGUAUGUGGUAA